UCCUCUAUUUGUAACUUGGAAAGCAAGUGGACCUACAAAUGGUGAUAAGCGUCUACGUGGUUGCAUCGGUACGUUUGCUGCUGUCCAUCUACACGAAGGUCUCAGGGAUUACACCAUUAGUAGUGCAUUAAAAGAUAGUCGCUUUCAGCCAAUAUCAAAGGAUGAAUUACCUCGACUGCAAUGUUCAGUGUCUCUGCUGACAAACUUUGAAGAGGCAAAUGACCAUCUAGAUUGGGAGGUUGGCAUACAUGGCAUAAGAAUACAGUUUAUCAGUGAGAAGGGCUCCAAAUGUACAGCAACAUAUCUACCUGAAGUAGCAAUUGAACAAG